AUGGAUUUAUUGACGAGCUCACGCGGUGACUCGGCUUCGGUGCAAGUGGCACUCAGAAUCCGACCUCAAGGCAAUCGAGAGAAGCUUGAUGGAUCAAAAGUCUGCACUUCCGUCAUCCCAAAUGAGCCUCAGGUGACCAUCGGCGGCGAUCGCUCAUUCACUUACGAUAAUGUGUUUGAUACACUGGCUGAACAGACUGAAGUCUACGAGAAAUGCAUUGAUAAACUUGUUGAGGGAACUUUUGAUGGCUUCAACGCUACCGUUUUGGCGUACGGACAAACCGGCUCUGGCAAGACGUACACAAUGGGAACGGCGUUCGAUGCGGGCAAUAUCCCGGAGGAGUUGAUCGGCGUUGUCCCUCGAGCGGUCUACCAUGUUUUUCGACGAAUCGGCGAGCUGCGAGCUGAAGCAGCCGACAAGGGAAUCGUUCCGCCAACAUUCGAUGUCUCCGUGCAAUUCAUCGAGCUCUACAACGAAGAGAUCCUUGAUCUGUUAUCCGAUGAUCGAACUUCGUCAGCAAACAUCAGAAUUCAUGAGGACGUACAAAAGAACGAGAUCUAUCUGCACGGGUGCGCGAAUCGGCUUGUUUCCGAUGCUCAUCAGACGCUCGAGGUUCUCAAGAACGGUGCGCUGAAUCGAACGGUGGCCGCGACGAAUAUGAACGAGCAAUCCUCGCGAUCGCACGCCAUUUUCACGAUGCAGAUCCGACAACAGCGAGUCGCUGUGCAUGGAGAAUCAGCCUCUAGCGGGGAAACCGAAUUGGAGAUCUUGACGGCAAAAUUCCAUUUCGUCGAUCUGGCAGGAUCGGAGCGAUUGAAGCGAACGGGAGCCACGGGAGAUCGCGCGAAAGAGGGCAUAUCGAUCAAUUGUGGAUUGCUUGCUCUUGGUAAUGUGAUCUCUGCAUUGGGUGGAGCUAGCGGGAAGGUGUCUCAUGUUCCAUACAGAGACUCGAAAUUGACUCGUUUAUUGCAGGAUUCACUCGGUGGAAACAGUCGUACCCUAAUGAUCGCUUGUGUUUCCCCAUCGGACAGCGAUUUUGUCGAAACGCUCAACACAAUGAAAUACGCGAAUCGCGCGAAGAACAUCAAGAAUAAGGUUGUCGCCAAUCAGGACAAAUCGUCGAAAGCAAUCGGCGAGCUUCGAGCCCGAAUUGCUCAGCUGGAGACUGAGUUGUUAGAGUAUCGACAGGGUCGUCGCACAGUGAACGGUGAUGGUUUAGAGGUUGUAUCCGAUCAAUAUCACGAGAAUGUCAUGCUUACGGCUGAAGUGAAUCAGCUUCGUUUCCGUGUCAAAGCUUUCCAAGAAACGAAUGAAAUUUUGCGAGGGAGAAAUGUCGAUAUUCAGACGAAACUCGAUUGUGCCAAGGUCGGUGUGGUGUUGAGCGGUGAUGGGAAAGACGAUGACGCUUUCUCGAACGUCGUCCGUGGGUAUGUCGAUGAAGUGGAAAGGAUUCGAUCUCAACUUUACGAAUCACAGGCAACUUGUGAACAAUUGAGACGCGAGAGUACGAGGUGGAAAAAUCAGGCAAUGUCUGGCGGUGGAAUGGGUCAAUCGAUGUCGAUGUUUGACAGUGGACAAGCACAACUCAUUGACGAAGCGAGAGGAGAUGUGGAGAAGUUGAGGGGAAGAUUGGCAUCAAUACAAGCAAAUGAUAAUGGAGAGACUUCUGACUACGCAUCUCCAUUAGAGAACACUGAAGAGGACGCGACGGAUGAAGGUGAGGGUGACGAUGAAGAAGAACUACCCGACGAUGAAAAUCCGGAAACAACAGCAUUGAGGGAGAAUCUAGCUGAUUUACAGACUGAAAUCAACAUCAAAGAGAGAUUGAUCUCCGAAUUGGAGCGAUCUGAGCGUCGUCUCUCCGAGGUCCGUCUAACAUAUGAGAGAAAAUUAACAGAACUCUCGACUAAAAUCAAAGCAACUGAAGCAGAAAGGGAUAAGAUGUUGGCUGAUAUGGUGAAAGGAUCGACGGAUAAAGCUGGAGAAGAAAGGGCUAAGAUGAUUCGCGAUGAUUACGAGCGAAAAUUGUCCGAUAUGCGACAUGAGUUUAAAAAGUUGCAAAUGAUAGAGAGAGAACACAAGAGAAUGCAAGCAAGGCAAGAAGUCGAGAGACAACAGAUGAUGAGAUAUCAAUCCGAAUUGAAAGACCUCAAGAAGAUCAAGGUCGAUUUGGUGAAGAAAAUCCGUGAUGAGAUAAAACGCGCACAACAAGAUACGAUGAAGAAUGCGAAGAAGAUAGCCGCUUUGGAUAAAGAGGCCAGAAAGAAAGACAAUCAAAUCCGAAUGUUGGAAACAAAAGAUAAACAACGAGAAGCGUUUAUGAAGAGAACAACGGAAGAGGUAAAUCGACUUCGAAAAGCUCAACGAGACGCGCAACGGACGGCGAGUCAAAACGCACGAGCGGCGACCAGAGGCAAUGCUGUGGCCAAGGGUCCACUAAAAAAUCAAAAAGAAAUGUUCAAUCCACGAGCCGCUAAAGCAAAAUGGAUGGCCAUUGAGAAGAAGUUGAUGCGUCUCGUCUCUGAGAAGCAAACCGUGCACAAAAUGGAAGAGGAAUUGGAGAGGAGAAUAUCGGAGAGACACACUUUAUUGGAUCAGAUCAUUGCAUUGGAAAAAGCGUUCGUUUCGGUGCAAGAGGUGGCUGAACGAGAGGCGAUCGGCGAAGAGCUCGAGGGUGUACGAGCGAAACUUCGCUAUGUGCAAGAUUUGAUCCAAGAAACUCAACAAACGAUCGCCUCGGUUGACGACACGACAAAGGUCAGUCUUCGGAAAGUAGUAUUAGAGUUUUUUUUUCUC